AUGACUAAUCGGUUAACCCAAGAUCCGUUGGAAAAUUUAUUUUCAAUAAUAAGACAAAGAAAUGGUUAUAACAGAAAUCCAACCGCUUGUACUUUUAGGUGUUGUUUUGGAAGCAUCUGUUCAUACAGUUUGAUGAAAUGUUCAGACAAAUGCAACUGUGAAGAAGAUGACGAUGAAUAUUUAAAUGUUGAUGUUUUAAAAGAAUGUUUAAUUGAUCAUCCAAACCCAGAUUUGAUAGAAACUGAUCUCGAUAAAGAACAAAAUAAUUUAGUGUCUGAUAACUCAUCGGAAACCAGUUCAUUAUCUUUAGACUGUAGCCCUAUACCCGCUUCACUGGAAACAUGUACUGUUGUUUAUUUCUCAGGAUAUUUAGCAAAUAAGUGUCUCGAGAAAUUUAAAUGCGUUGAUUGUUAUUCAAAUUUGAUCACUGAAAAAGAUCUUAAUGAUAAAAACCAAUUAUUAUUAACUUAUAAAACGUUUGAUAAUAUAUUUACUAAUACAAAAGGUUUGAAAAUGCCUUCAUCCAUACUAUUGAAAAUAUCAAAUAUUUGCCUUGCUAUUUUUGAAAGGAAAUUUGAAGACAUCAAAAUUGAAAAAAAAGUAGUCACUCAACUUACAAACGAUGCUACCAAGAAAAUUGUUAAAAAUACCUCAAUUUUAAACUCUUCGUGCAAAGAUCAUUACAUGUACAUAAUAGAGCUACUUUUCAGAACCAAAAUGUAUAAAGAAUGCAAAUGGAUUAGGUACAUCAAAACUUCAUAA